UUUUUAAUGCUGGAGUCUAACAGCAGAACCGGCUCAGUGACGGUGCUGGUGUGGGUCAUCCAGGUAAACAGGUUGUGCAAGAAGACUAAACACCGCCCACCAGGUGUGAACAGAGACUCACUCCCAUAUCCACCAGCCAGGAGUCGACUCUCACCGCGGCUCUGGACUCCGACGCACCGCGGGGACGUUUCCGUUUAUGAAUUCCGUGCAUGACGGGACUUUUGCAGAUGAACUGACCGUGCUGGAGUUGAGGCAGAAGCAAUGUCGAGUCCCAUGUAUCGGAUAUGGGCUGUGCUUCUCCUGGGAGGAUUCGUGCUUCCAGGGCUGCGACAUGUCAGUGGGAUAGAUAUUUCCACGCCGAGUACGGUGGAAGCAGUCAAUGGGACGAAUGUGAAACUGAAGUGCACCUUCAGUUCCAAACAUCCAGUAAGUCCUUCGUCUGUCACAGUGUCCUGGAACUUCAGACCCCUUAAUUCAGGAGCUGAUGAAUCGGUGUUUUACUACCACGAGGGACCGUUCCCUCCCCAGGAGGGACGUUUUAAAGGCCAUGCAGUUUGGUCGGGAGAUAUUAUGAGACGUGAUGCUUCCAUCACGUUGCAAGAGGUGCCUCCGACCUUUAACGGCACCUACGUCUGCCAGGUGCGCAAUCGUCCGGACGUGCACGGCAACAGUGGAGAGAUCAGCCUCAGAGUUGUCGACAAAGCGUCCAUCUCUGAGAUCGGCGUCCUGGCAGCCGCUGUGGGAGGCGCCUGUGGGAUAAUCAUGGUCAUCCUUGGUAUCUUCGUGGCGGUGAGACACUGCAAGAAAAACCGCAUGGGGAACGAUAUUGAGCUGCACCCACGGGAGCAGGAAUGGAAGGACCCAACUGUGUGGUGAGGGCCAGAGAACCGGAGCUGCUGUGCUUCUCUUCCUCUUGGGACUGGUGUGGAGUCUUACUGGCUGUCUGGGUCCAUUCUCCUGGAAGAGACAAAUGAAAGGCAUCUUCUUCUUCCAUGUUUGCUCCUCCACUGUGAACCUCUGACAUAUUUUGGUAGUUUAUUUCGGUUACUUCAGUAUUAGAAUGAACCACCUUCCCAAUGAGUUGUAAUGCUAAAUCACUUUUCUAUGUUUUUACCAAAAGUUGCCAGUGAUUGCAACUACAGAAUUAACUUUAUAUAUAUUUUUAAAUAUUAACAAAUAUAUUUUUAACCUGUAGAGUAGGAGAUGUAAAUAUGGAGGGACUUUUCUAAGUGUAGUUCUUCAACCUCAAUUCACAGCAGUGAGGCAGUUUUACAUUUCUCUACACUGAUGUGCUCUUUCAUCACACGACCAGUGACUAGUUACACGUGUUUUUGUGUGCUUUUUACCAAAUCAUUAGUUUUUUAAUGGCUUUUAAAGACUUAAGCUUUGAAUGAAUCAUGAGCAUGGAACACUUGUAAUAUGUCGAGCACAACUGUAUCCCUGAAAGGCACAAUACUUUUUCUAACAUGAUACUGCUGCGGUGAAUUGAGCUAUGUCCUCUAUUUCUUGGUACUGAGGGGUUACGUUUUUUUAAGCUCUGUCAGAUAAAACAGAUUUUUCUGGGCAUAAUCUUCCCUUUUCUCUGUGUUCAGCGGCUACAAUAACAACUGUUGCUUCACAGUGCCACUCUGACUUGUGAAUACAGGUGAAGAGUUUUGCAAAUCCAAAACCCAGAGGACAGUGAACUUGUUUAAGUGGAGAAAUGUUGAACUGAUGUUUUGGUCAUUUUUGUCCAAGGACAGAAGGAGUGCAUUGAUCCUCUGGGCGGGGAUGUUUUCAAACUGAGGAUUCUGGGUAUCUCCCUUUCUAUUAUUUUGGAAUUGGAUGUUUGCCGAGAUAAACCAGUGCCUUUUGAAUAUUUGCUGCACUUUUCACGCGCUCAAAUAUCCACGAAUAGCCCGUCUCACUGUUUGUGUUUGUGUGUGUGUGACUGAAUUUGUUUGGCCGGGUUUGCGUCAGUUUACCUGAAGAGGCAGUUCAUCUGAAAAUUGUGGAGAAGGAGAAAGAAGUUGAUAGUUCAGACGAUGAAGAG